AUGUGGAAACGUCAUGUCGCAGAAAGAUCGUCUCUAGUCUCGCUCACCACCCUGUCCACCUCCGAGCAGUCGGACAACGGCCGAGCGGACUGGAGGCCUUUGGCAGGAAUCUGUGGUAAAGGCAAUGGCAUGGCGGAUGAGAGCUCCAAGGAGCUGGUGAACCGAGCAGAGAGAGCUUCUCGGGAGGUUGCCGGGUUCCAGGAGCCAGCAGCCAGGUGUGCAGUGGGCGGCCCCUCCACGCGGACUCUCCACCGGUGUGCAGCAGUCGUGGUGUCCCGGACGACACCCGCUGCAACGCAGAUAUGUUCCCUGUCUGUAUGUACAGUAGUAGCACCUGCACUGGCUCCUGCUUGCCUGUCCAUCAUCUACCCGUCUGCUGUCUUGGAGCUGCUCAACAUGGCCCCUGUUCCAUGUCAAGCCCAUGUGCCGCCGCCCUUUGCCCUUUUCUGCCCAAAGGAGACUGAGGAGCCACAUGCGAUGGCGACUCUCGGUGAUUACGACUCCAUCCAGACCAAUCCGACCGAGUCGUCGGGGACGGCGCCAGCAGAGCGAGCACGUCGACAAUAA